CUCAUCAGUGACAUCUUCAUUAUUAACCGAGCCUUCUUUAAUAGGUUAGUGAUUGGAUGGCUUUUUUUCUAGAAUGUAUUUAGAAUAUGUUUUAUCUCAGCGACCGUUCGAUUUAUUAUGAGAUACAUGUUCACUUAAAGGGACAGGUUCACGGUUCUGCGCAUGAUCAUUUAUCAAAAUGCUGUUUUUUUUCCGGGUCAUGCUGUAUGGUCUAUGCACGCAAUAUGAUCAUGUUAUAAUGUUGUCAAAGAAUCAAUAUGCACACUCCCUGGCAGUCAUUUGCACUUGAUCAACUUAAAUAUUUGAAAAUAGCUUUAAACUAAUCAACCAUGGAAUAAAACCUUCCGGUCAACAAUAAAUUCAACGUUGGUAUUGUUGGCAUUUUAUCUGCGAUUUUAGUACUCCUCCAUCCUACUUCAGGUUACUCUGAAAUACACUUCUACUUUGAAAUACACCCUGAGAUCGCUGAGAUACAUGUGCGUGGGAUUAUUAACCGAUAGAAUUAAUAAUAAAUUAGAAAAAAAGUUAUUUAAUUAAUAAGCAUGCGCUUAACUGUGAACCUGUCCUUUUAUACAUCUAAUGUGCUGAUAGAUAGUACUUGCUGCUGAUUGCACAAAAUGGAGUACACACAAUCUCAAAUAUGCGCCAAAGACUAUGCUACACAAAAUUCCUUUUUAUGUUGUCAUAGAGGAUUGGCAAGAACUGAGGUGCUAAUUCGUAUUCCUGAAUUUAUCCUAAAGAACUGGGAAUAAAUCUGAAGUAGACUAAAAAUCCCUGCAGGAUUUCAAAUAAAUUUCACUUUUAGCACACUUUGUGUAUAAGUGUUCAUAGGCUUUUCAAAACAACUAUUUAGGUAACUCAAUUAGCAGAAUUAGGUUAAAUUUCGCAACUUUCGCUUUCAAAACAAGGCUUGGUGGUGAAAUUUGCUCGUCUAACGUAAAUAUGCAUAGGGCUCAGUAUUCUGGGACAGUCAGGUAUUGGAGAGGAGAAAAAAAACAAUGAGAAAAUACGGGACAUAAAUUUUCAAGCAACUGGUGUCAGUGAUAUUUCCGUGAAUAUUUUAACGAAGGAAGUAAUCAACUGUCCUAUUUAAAAUGUCAUAAACAGAUCCAUCAUUAUCGAAAGCUACAGUGACACCAACAGCAGCAGUUUCCACAGCUUUACCAGCUUCAACAACCCAGCCUUCUCCACCGGGUGGGUAAUUUUGUCACUACAGGAGCCCAUCAAAUGGAGCCUCCAUCUCCCAUACAAGCCCUUGGAGUCAACCCUUUCCCGAGUAGAUUUAUAAUUAGAACGGUUCCCAGGGGAGACUUCGCGCGCCGACGGUGGGAAGAGCCAACCACAACCACGAAAUGACACUGCUGUUGUACUUAAUCAAACAGCAGGAAAUCCGGUGCUGACAGGCCAAACACAAUCAUGAGCUAGUGAAACGUGACUUUAUAAUAAGCGUUUUCAUCCCUCAGAGAUUUUCCUUUUUUUCUUUCUAGCGGGUAGAUUAUACUGUGGAAAGUUUUACACUCUGACUAUGUUAAUCUUACUUUUGGUCAAAUUUCUAGGUUUUUUUUUCGGAACUGCGUUUAUCUGAAUAAAUACUUGUAGUCCUUGUGGUUGUUUUGUCCGUCAGCUAGUGUGACGAUUCCCUGCUAUGUUUUGUGACGCCGGGCCCAGCCAUUGUUUUCUCGCAAAAAAGUGAUCUACAGAUGCGAAUUCGAAGGAAGGAAUUGAGCCUAAACUUCUACAUUAACUGCUGAAAAUUGUCCUGUUAGUCAGUCAUAAUUCUUUUGGUGCAGAUACAAUCCAUUUUGUUUUUCUUGAGAUAAGUGGGUCUUUGGACUGGAGCGCGAUGUCACAAAUUCCUCCGUUAGCAAAUUACGGUUGAGUUAACUUCACGGUCGAGCAACUGUUGUCUUCUGUUCAAAUUUUCAAGCGCUUGUUUUAUCAGGCAACUCUCAUGGUGAUACAAGUCAGUUGUAAAGGAAGACUGCAAUUUCUGAAAUUUCGGAACUGAAGCAUUCCUCGUUACUUGCUACUUAGGUCAUCGCUUUUGCACGCGGUGCUUAACUGGCGAAAUCCACUCCUCGGUGAUGACAAAAAUCAUAUGAUCCUGGCACUUUUUCGUCGCUGGUCAUCGAAAAGUUUCAAGUCGUCCACAGAACGUUUAAUCGUCGACUCUUUUCAAGGUGCAUGCUUAAAUGUGGGAUGUAUGACGGCAAAAAAAAAAACACUCCCAAAGAUAACCUUUCCGUGAUCCUCAGUUCGCUGCCUUUGUCCCAUCGCUUCAUGCUCAGUCUCAGUCGGGUAAUUCAUUAACUUUUAUUUCAUGAUACCCAGAUCCCAGCGGCUGUAAAAUUGUAAAAACGGACGUAAAGGAAUAAAGGAAAACGGUCGAAAGACGGGCUUCUGAGUUCGACUUCAUCCAAUUUUAUUUUUUCACGGUGACAUACGAGACUCACGGAAAUAUGACACUUUUCGCGGGAAACUAGCCGUUCUAUUUAUAAAUCUACUCGGGAAAGGGUUGACUCAAGAAAUUAAUGGAGAUGGAGGCUCCAUUUGAUGGGCUCCUGGUCACUAUUAUUACCUUGAAAAUUUUAACGGAGGAGGUAAUCAGCUGUUCUAUUUAAUUUGUCAUGACAGAUCCAUUAUUAUCGAAAGCUACAGUGACACCAACAACAGCAGUUUCUACGACUCCACCAGCUUCAACAACCCAACCUUCUCCACCGGGUGGGUAAUUUUCUUUGCCUUUGCUUCGACUUGCCCUGAUUAACUAGGGUUAGGUGGACCAGGAGUCAAUUAAAUAACACUUUUACGAGUGUAAUUUACAAGUGUAGCUAUUGUUUUCAGACUCCAAAAUUACAUAAUUUACACUAAUUAAAUAAAUUACACUUGUAAAAGUUUUAUUAAAUUGAUCCCAGAAUGAGUCCAUUGACACCAGAGAGAACUUCUGUCGACAAAUUCCAAGGAAAAGUUGGGAAACACACUUAUACGCUGAGCACGAAAAUUUUCUUUACCAAGCUUGGUGAUAACCCACCGGGGCUUGUACUUGGAAUUUGCCUUUGAAUACAAAGUAAAACAAAGCAAAAAUGAUAAAUUUCUUUCCCACUACAAGCUAGCCUAAUCGAUUUUUGAAACGCAAAUUUCCCUCCUUACAUAAGCCCCUCCGAAUAUAAGCCCCUCCAAAAAUAAGCACCUCAAAAAGGGCCUUUGAAAAAUAUAAGGCCCGGGGCUUAUUUUCGGAAUUUUACGGUAUCUCACCCGUGUUGUGAAAAAGAUUUAAGACGGUCCAUUUUCGUUUUUUCUGGCUGAAUGUCAAAAUACAAUUUGUUGAUGCUUCAAUCUGAACACCGGCCGACUUGAAAGCUUUUUAUUAAACUAAAAUUGAAAACCAUUAUUUUGUCCAGGAAUGUGGUUAACAUCGAUAAUAAAAUUUCUCACGGCAAGGCAAGUUACCAACAGCGCGCUGAAAUUAUAUCGAUAUUUAAGCCAGAAAAAGAUUGCUAUAGAGAAUUUUUCUGCUCAAAUUCAUUUUCGUUACAUUUGGGAAGGAUUAAGAUGUCUCUUUCCAAAUUUCUCUUUCUGAAUGGAAGAGUAAUUUGAAUUCCGGAAAAAUGUGGAUUAAAAUUUCACUCGCUUAUCCUAUGAACAUAAUUUCGUGCACAAACGUACGACUCACCGAGGCCACCUGCUUGCGAUGUCUGUUUAUCGGGAAAAAAGAGCGAAAGAAACCAGCUUUUGUAGACAAAAAAUCGAUCAAAAAAGACACUGAAUGGAAACUUUGACGUCUCGAAAAGAUUUUUGCGAUGUAUUUUUGUGGAAACAAGCACCUUCAAGAAAUGAGUUUGAGUUUGUUUUCUUUUCAAUUUAGUAAGGGUGGCCUUUAGCUUUUGAGUUAUCUUUUCUGGAGAAAUUGACGACCUUACGAUUAGUAACUACAAAGCCUGCCAAACAUAGUAAUUAAUCGUAAAUUUCACGAUCAUUAACUACAAAGCCUGUCAAACGCAGUUAUUAAUGUCACAGUUUUUCAAUGACCAUGAAAUUCAGAAUCCGGGUAGUUAGUAAAUCAAUUGUGGCCCUGAAAAAGUUUGAAGGAAAAAAAGAAAACUACGAUUUUUUAAGGAAAUGCUUUUUUCGUGAGGACUCUUUAACGCUGACAAACGUCAACAAAUAGCUAAAACUUUAAUUUCUAUAUGUUUGCAUUGCUCGAAAUCGCGUGCAUUUACAAGGCCCUAAAGCUUUUUGCUGACUUGCAAGGACCCAUCUGUUAUAAAGAUCCCCAAAAUAAAGGGAUAAAUCUCAUAGUUUAUUAGAUAUAAUCGUGUAAAGUUUGCUUAGCAUUUUCACAUAAAUUAUGACCAAAAAAUGGAAACUGCUGAAUUGCUCGCAUUGGGUCUGUGCGAUUUUGGUGAAACUCUGUUCAACGCAAGGAACUAAUGCACACUAUACGUAGCCGAGAGAUUUUCACGAAAAAAUGCCAGCAACAGCAGAAUUUCGACUCAGACCCCAAACAGGGGCGGAUCCAGGAUUUUUUUCAGGAGGGGGUGCACUCGUCUCUUGCUCUACUUCAACACCAAUAAACCACAUAGUUUUUUUUCAUCUCGGGGGAUGGGGGGCGGGGGGGUUGCGAACCCACUGCCAAAGAGGCGUAGCACUAUAACCACGUGACAUUUACUCCAAUCGCCAGAAAUUUUAUGCUAUAUUGUAGAUUGAUCCAUAUGUUAUCCAUCCUACAUGUUAGACUUACGAUAAAAGUAAAGGUGGAGAUACCAGCGAGCUUCAAAGUAACUGGGUCGAGUCAGUUUAAUAAGUACAAAGCCCGUCUUUUGCACUUAUUAACCUGGUAAAUUUCACUACAAAAAAAUAAAAACACUACAAAAAAAAUAGCGACACUUGUUUCAAUAGAUGAAAAUCGAAAUCAAUAAAAAUCGUUAGUAAUCAAGUGAUUUCCAUCGACUGAUAACGGAAACGGCAAAAAUAUAUCCGGAGAAAUCUUUGAAUGAAUUUCAGACAUCCCUUCGACUCGAGGGGAUGUCUGAAAUUCAGGCUAGGAAAUGUUUACUAAGGUUGUAUUCGUCGUAAUACUGCCUGCGAGAACUGAAUGGGAUUAUAUAAAAAACUGAACCGUUGUUGUUAUCAUGUACAAAACGAAGAGUUUUAGAUAGAAACUUGUUUGUGUAAUAGUUUCCACAUUUCUCAUUUUCAUGUUUUUUGAUCUGUUAUUCCUCGUGGAUCUGAUUUCUCAGCUGUACUAUCUAACUCAUGGCAGAGGACAACAAUAGCGGACUCCCGUUAUCGUUAAAAUAAUGAAAAAUCGAUAAUAUCGAUUUGACACAACAAUUUAGUUCACCGAUUUCCCUUCGAUAAAAAUCACUUGAUUGCUACCGAUUUUUAUCGAUAACGAUUGUUAUCGAUUGACCACCCCGGGUUCUAGGACAUUUACGUCAAUUUAAUAGGCUUUAUCAUAAUAUAUUUUUUCUUCACGCAGCUUGUGAACCCGAAUGGAUUGGCCGCGGGAAGUCGUGUUAUAAAUCCUUUACGUCACCUAAAUUGAGUUGGGAAAACGCCAGCAACGAAUGCAAAAAUAAAUGGUAUGCCAGGUUGGUAAAGAUAGAAUCUCCUGAAGAAAAUGAUUUUAUUAGAAGAGAAUUGUUGGCAGAGAGACCUACAGCCUACUGGAUUGGACUAUUUAAAUUCGGGACAGGUUUCUGGCAAUGGAGUGACGGAACUCAGCUAAAUGGGUAUGAAAACUGGAGAGAUGGCAAGCCGAAUGCUCAGAACUUGAAUUGCGGGCAAAUAAGAAAAGGGACAUUUGAGUCUGGAAACUAUUAUGACGGGCAUUGGCGCGAUGGAAAGUGCCAAAACAAAAAGAGGUACAUUUGUAAAAAGGCCGUAAGUUAUCCUUCAAUAACGAUUUAUAAGGACUAAAAUUGACGCCUUUAAGUAGCACUAGUGUUACCAAAUGUUGUGAAGUAUUCAGUUGGUCAGUUUUAACUGUUUUGAG